AUGGCCGAGAUCAAGAUUCGCGACCAGGAUUUCCAGAAUCUGAGGGGCAAAGUCAUAAUAAUCACGGGCGGUUCCUCGGGCAUUGGACUUGCCACCGUCUCGUUGGCUUUGGAAGCUGGAGCAAAAGUCGUCAUAGGCGAUCUCAACCCUGCCCCGCCACAUGUCAACGAGCACGCAAACUGCACCUAUGUUCCGCUCGACGUAACAUCGUGGGCCGCGCUAUCCGAAAUAUUCGAGAAGGCAUUCGAGUUGCACGGCCGAAUCGAUCACGUAUUUGCCAACGCUGGCGUCGGCCCCCGCACAAACCUGCUGGAGGACAAGGUCGACAGCAACGGCAAGCCCGUCGAGCCCGACUAUUCCGUCAUCGACAUCAACCUCAAGAGCGUGCUCAACACCACCGCCCUAGCCCUACACUACAUGAAGAAGCAGCAACCCGCCGGCGGAAGCAUCGUCCUCACCGCAUCCGCAUCCAGCUUCCAGCGCUUCCCCACCGUCGACUACACCACCGCCAAACACGGCGUCCUCGGCCUCCUCCGCUCCCUCGCCCCCACCCUCCGGCUCUCCCCCGCCGCUUCCUCACUGCCCAUCCGCAUCAACGCCAUCGCCCCGCAAUGGACCGCCACCGGCAUCGUCCCCGGCGCCGCCAUCCGCGCCGCCGGCGCCUACUGCAUGCAGCCCGCCGACCCCGCCCGCUCCGCCCUGUAUCUGAUGGCGAGUGGCGAUGGCGCCCACGCGCGAAACGGGGCGUUGGUGUUUUCGCAGGCGGUGCCGCGAAGGGAUGGCAGCAGCGGUACUGCUGGGGAUCUGGACGACGAUGAUGACGACGUGGUGGUCGAGUACAAGGAGAUUGACGACGGCAUGUGCAGGGAGGCGGCGGCGCUGUGCGGCGUGCCGGGCCCGGAUUUGGGCGAGGUGUUGGUGAGGAUGUUGGAGGCGAGGGCGAUGAGGGCGAGUGCGGAGGCGGAGGCGCAGCAGCAGCAGGGGGGUGCCUCUGCCUCUGCCUCUGCAGGGCCGGAUGCGGCGGUGCCGCCGAGUGUCAGGAAAUUGUGA